ACGGAACCGUAAUUUUGUAGAUGUAAACAUUCGGGAAUAAGUGUCAUUUUUCUUUGUGCUACAGAGAACAAACAAAUCAAGGCGUGUCCGUUGGUGUGUUUUUGUAGCAGUGCUUAGCUCGGGCUAUAGGUUGCAUACGGUCGUUUUAUGAAAUUAUUUUUCCCGAUCUGUUUUCAUCCGUUCGCCUCGCUGCGUUCCAAUUGAUUACCGUCCGUGUUCAGAACCGCUGGGUAUGUUUGCUUUUGUCAAAAUCACGCCAGCCGACUCUCAUGUACAGCCAACGGUAUAGAAGCUACUGUUGCCGCCUACAGUCACGCUCUUUGCGCUGACAUUCCAAAAAGCAACGAGGCCAGUACGCCGCUGGACACACCUGCAAACACAGCUGUGGAUUUAGAGUCCAGAGUGGACCGUGCAAAGGUUCGUGACUCACACAGAGUGGAGAGCUCAACAGUGAACCCCAUUCACUGCAGCUGAUGGCAUCCCACAGACACCCCGUGCGCUGGGCAGGGCAAGACCGCAGUGGUGAUGCAGCGCUCUGGGCUCUGUGAGCGUCCCCGAGUCCCCAGGCCCUGCGAGGCCGAUCAGGCCCGGCGGCUGAACGAGGUGCGGAGAUACGUGGAGGAAAGAGGGCUACAGAGUUGCGCUGAGAGCCUGUGCGUGGACGCGCUGCGAGACCCGCGCGCCGUCCCCGUCAACCCGUAUCCAGCCUUCACGCAGCGGCUGCGCCAGCUCGCGCAGGAGCGCAGGUUGACACUGGACAAGUCGAGCAGCGAUGAGAUGUUCAGCAGGGCUGUGUCUUUCCCCACGACUCUCACUGCCGUCAGACAUGUUGCAGGUGCUAAAGGGUGCUCCCAUGUUUGGGGCCUUCCCAGCAUCCUCCGCUGCGUCAGCCCACAGGAGAUAGGGCGCUACCGUUGGCUGCUGGAGGACACGACCCCCCCGCUCUCCAAGCUGGGCCACCACAGCCCUUACACUGUCCAGGUUGCCUGUGCUCUAACGGGGCCCUGCAUAUUCUCCGGCACUCUCCUCCCUGCCUCCCCUGCGCCCGACCUGGAUCUGCUGCAGACCUACAUCAUCGCCGGACCCGACCCGCACCGCGCCCGCUCCCUCUACGCCCAGUACCUGCACCGUGAUGUCAUAAGGAUGACCCAGCAGGGCCGCCAUAGUGUGCUGAGAAUUACUGUGCCAGAUGAUGUCAAAGGAGGGGUCCAGGUGUUCUCUAAGGAAGAGGUCUCCUUGCAGGGGGCUGUGUUUGAGGACGCAGUGCAGAGGUGCCUGGACUGGGACAGAGAGGAGUUGGUGAGGGUGGAGUGUGUGUGGAGGGUGGACCCCCAAGGCACCCAGUACCAGGGGGGCAGCAAGGCCUACUGCCUGACUAUCAUACAGAAUGCCUGUGACCACCAGGAAAAGGAGAGGGUGCUCUCUUGCCCACAGCGCCCCCUGCUGUUGCUGUGCUGCAGUGUGUUUCCACAGCAGGCUCAGGCUGAGGCUUUCGCUCGCGCUCACCUGCCCGCACGCCCAGCAGACAGCGGCGUGGAUGUUUUUGCUCCGGUACGGGACGUCCUAGCGGGGAGGCUGUCUGCCCUGCACCUCCCCCAUGAGGCCCUCCCUGCGGCCCACCUCUGCUGCACUCUCCUCCUGCUGCUCCAGGACGUCCAGCCCAGCACAGACAGCGCUACACCACAGACAUCUCCCCUGGAGGCCCUGCGGCAGCUGUUCGGGUUCGUGUGGGGUCCGGCCGGCCGGCUGCGGGGCCUGCGGCAGCACGCUCUGCGCCUCCGCCGGCUCGUCCAGCUGCGGCCAGCCGAGGCCCCGGACGCGGAGGCGUGCGUCGCCCUGGCCCGCCAGCUGCAGCGCCUGCUCCGGGACUGCGCAGUCGACGCAGACCCCCUCGGCAGCUGCUGCCGUGGUAACCCGGAGAGUCUGCGCAGCCACAGCCGGCUUGAGGCUGCCUGCGACCAGCUGGCCCGGGACCCCAGUCACGCCGCCGCCCUCGCUGAGCUGACGGAGUGGUGCUGGAGCAGCAGUGUGCUGGAGUGCCAGCUUGUGUCAGACGCCCUGCCGGGGGUCCCGCUCCUCAAAGGCUUCAUGCGAAGGGCUGGACACGGGGAAGAGGGAACGCAGGAGCAGGAAGACGCAGAGCAGAGAGCAUUGUGGGAGAUGGAGCUGCUGUACUGCAAGCCGCACACGGUGGACCUCACGCCGGAGACCUGUGGAGACCCCGCACGCCUUAAGGCCAGGCUCUCCCAGUACCUGGUGGACUGUGCAGUGGAUCAGUGCUGGGAGCAGUGUCUGUGGAAGGUGCUGUCUCUCUCUCCGCUGCCCUUUAACCCUUUCCCGUCCCUGGCCCAGGAGUUCAGGCUCGCUGCGCUCAGGACGGCUCUCUGGCGACAGCCAGACGCUGAGGUGCUGAAGCAGAUGUGGUCCCUGCAGACCCCCCAGCCCUGCCCUGCAGGGGGGCCCCUGCACCGUGGCCCCGGGGGGGAGGGGUACGGCCUCCCCAGCGCGCUCAGGGCCUCGAACCCGGACCGGCUCAGGGACUGCCUGGCCCGAGCACAGAGCCUGGAGACCGAGCCCCAGCCCACGGGCAGAUUCAAGGUGGAGCGAAGCACAGCGGUUCUGUCUCCCAGCGCCUGGCUGGGGAUGCUCUCCCCCUUCCUUUGUGGACUGCAGGUGGUUGAGUUCUGCUACAUAACAGCGCCCCCUGGCUGCCUGGAUGAGGUGCUGCAGGUGUACGCCAAACUGGUGCUGGCUGGGUUGUCUGAGUUGCGUGGGAAGGAUGGGCUGAUCCUGGAUGUGGUUGACCUGGGCUCACGGGGGAUGUGGGAUAUGCAGCAGGUCACGUCUUUCCCCACCCAUUUCCAGGAGUGCUUCGCGGACGCCCUGCGACACAGGCACCCCGUGCACCUCCGGGCGUUCCAGGCCCCCCGCGGCGGCGCGGAGUGGCGCUUCCUGGCCCUGCGGAAGCGUUUCGUCCUGUACUGCCUGCGCGAGGACGGAUCCGCCUGGCUGUGCCUUCCGCAGCACGACCCCCUCUCCCUCCGCCAGGCCGUGUUCGCGUCCCCGGAGCGGGCUGCCCUCCACUUCAACACUGUCGGGCGGGAUCCGCCCAUUGGUGGCAGUCUGCAGGAGGUGAUGUCACAGCUGGAUUCUGAGAUCACCGAUGCUUUCCUGAAAAGGGAGAUUCUGCAGGGCUACCGGCUGGUGGCCCUGAGGGGCCUGCUGAGCGGAGAGGAGGCCCGCCUGGCGGACUGCUGGAGGGUGUGCCGCAGCGUCUGCGCUCAGACCGAGCUCCUCUGCGCAGUCGCUGACUGCCUGCAGGGUCUCUUCGAGCUGUGUGGGGAAGAUGAGGCGUCAGGACCAAGGCGGACUGUUGCAAAGUACCUGCCUGCCAUUGAGCACAUGUUUGAGGGGUUCUCCUGGAUGUUAAGGCGAACACUGGAGCAUCCCGAGGCUCUUGUGCCCCCUGGCGUGUGGGAGGUGGUACUGAAGGGCCGGGAGGCUGUGGCCUGGGGCAGCAGGGCGGUGUGGGUGAGGGGGAUGGUUGGGGUGUGCCACGCCCUUUCGGAGACUCUGUCCCAGGACCUGCACUCUCUCUGUCCCGGGGUACAGGCCCUGCUGGAGAGACUGCACGCAGCACAAGAGAGAGACACGGUUAGGGCUCACAUCUCCUGCGUAGAAACCGUACCCCAAAACCCACCGGUCCUCUCUCACCGCACCCCCGAACGCUCGGUCCAGAGCCCCGAUCGGAGCACGCCCCUCACCGGGGCUCAGGCCCUGGCACUCUUCUGACAUCAUCAGCCUAUCAGCGUUCCGCACGCACCGCGCCAUUGCCUAGCAACCCAGCUGGCUUCCGAAGAAACUGCUGGAACCCCUCAGCAGAAUGGGGAUGAGCCGCCUAUGAGCUUUUUGCCUGUUGUGAUCUAUUCUUAGUUUUUGGCAGUGAAAAUUCUCCACGGCCUCAUAAUGACACACACACUGUCGAACCGAACGCGCUCUUCUAAUUACGAGCCAUGAUUCACUACCGUGUUUUCUGUCAUCUUGACUGGGCAGAGCGAGCUGAUGGGUUUGUAAUGAACCGUCUCGGUACCUUGGAAAAGGAAAAAUGAAGUGAAGGGAGAUGCAGGCUCUCUCUAGGUCAGAUGGGCUUCGUGAGUGUCGUUGCAUGAGUUCAGUUACAGCACCGCACUUGACUUGAGAAAGUUCAUUGAAAUGCUGAGGUAAAUACCCAGAUUUGGCCUCCGGACGUUUCAUUUUAAUAUAACAUGACAUCAUUAUGUAAUGACUCUCUGAAAGAUAGUUUGACAAACGGGUGAAUUUUAUAUAAUGUACGUGUUGCCUUUAAUUAUUGUGAAUACUGAGAUCAUUGUAAUGAUCAAAUAAAAUGAAUCAGGGUGUUCAAUUCCCUAAAUAAAAUGCAGUCGUGUCGUGUA